CUUGAGUAUGAUUUCUCUGUGAUCCACGUUGUAUUGUUUCGUUCCAUAGUGGGGAAACAGAUGUGUUUUUGUUUUUUAAAAGUGCCCUACUUUUGAAGAGCGAGUUCUUAUUGGUCCAUAGUUUGUAGGUCAUAGGUCACCUAUGUAAAGGUAAACUUCCUAUCUUUCAGGUCUUGAGUGAGGCUCGUCUCUGAUUGAAACCGAAGAACGAUCAGCUCAGCUUGCACUUGCAGCCGUCACAGGACUUUUCUCAAAUUUUGCACUAGAUGUGACCUCCAGCUGAUUGAAUGGCGUCAUCAGGCAGCUCCCGGGUCAUGCCGUCUACCGGCAUGAGCUCGGCGGAGCUGUGUGAUUUCGAUGACCUGUGCACAGCGCUCGUGUUGGAUCCUUACUUGGGGUUCAUGACACAUAAAAUGAAUACAAGAUUUAAAGCUGUUAAUCACCCAGAACAGCUAAAGAAGAUUGUCGAGCAGUUCAAAGAGCACAGAAACUAUGAAAAAGCCCUGGAAGCAUUGAUCAAAGUGGACUCCCAUAGAACAGCACCAUAUCAUCGUAUGAAGCAUCAGAUGAAGUUACUGAGAGAACAUACAUAUCGUUACCUGCAGAUGUUUGACAGCGUGUCUGGAUUUCAAAUUCUACCAUGCUACAGAUACUCAAUGGAAGGCCAGAUCGGAGGAAAACUUUGCUCGACGAAAUUCUGGCACAAAAACGACAAGAUCGAAAUGUUGAUUGGCUGCAUCGCGGAGCUGACAGCCGAGGAAGAGAGCCACCUUCUCAAAUCAGGGGAGAACGACUUCAGCGUGAUGUACUCGUGUCGGAAGAACUGUGCCCAGCUUUGGCUUGGUCCGGCCUCUUUCAUCAAUCAUGACUGCCGUCCAAACUGCAAGUUCGUGUCGACCGGAAGAGACACGGCCUGUGUCAAAGUGUUGCGAGACAUACAGUGCAACGAGGAAAUCACCUGUUUUUACGGAGAGGACUUCUUUGGCGAUGGCAACAGCUUGUGCGAAUGUGUCACGUGCGAGCGUCGUCACAUGGGAGCGUUCAGACCUAAGCAACCAGUGAACCUCUCGUCUCAGAAGGGCUAUUGCUUCAGAGACACAGACGACAGAAUCAACCGGCUCAAGGCAAAACCCCCGGAGUCGCAGCCAACCUUUGGCAAUGUGGCUUCUAAUUCUAAUGAGUCGUGGGACAACCGGGCUAAGAACAUUCAGUCCCAGUCGCAUCUCCUGAACGCAGCCGAGCUGAAAAGAAGAGGCAUCACCCGCUACGACGCAGAAAUCAUCAUCUCCAACGGUCAGCCGUUACCCGAACCCGAGAGCCCGGCGCCGAAGUCUGGUCACAGCCGGAGCGGUCAGCUGACCAACUCCAGCUCGAAAGUUCUCCGUAGUUCUGGUAACGUGGUGCUGGAGCAGGAUAUCUUGAACAUGUCCAAUCAUAUACGAAGGCCGCCGGCUAGAGACGAUGCCUGUAGUGAUAGGGGUACAACGGAUUUUUCCAAUUCAAAGACAGAAGUCUCAGGGUGCAAUAAGAAAUCUCCUUGCGCAAAAUUUCGUAAACUUCAGGGAAACAGGCGCAGCCCUCGAAGGAGAGCUCCGCUACAAGGGAAGGGAACUGUAGGUCUGCUGGAAAAGGUCCCUAUCAAAGAGGAGCCUAUGGAUGAUUUUGAGGACUCGGGGUUAAGCAAGAGCUUAGGGCUAGCGGAGAGAGUGUCCGAGUCGCAGGUGAAAGAGGAAUUUGGCAGUCCUUCGCGGAAACAAAUCAAAAUGGGGCGUAGUUCUGAGGAUGUCACCGACGACGGGAGGGAGUUUACCGACGCUGAGCUGCGUAGCCACAACUUGUCCGAUUUUCUCGACAAUUCUCCGAGGCUAAAGUCGCACAAGGAAAAGACUUUGAGUAGACUUUUUUGUUCAAACGAAUCUGAAGGGAACGCCAUUCCAAAUUCCUCGGACAAUAGCCUCCCUCCCCUCAUCAGCAUGGAGGAGCAUCCACUGUCAUUCGCCGACCUUGCAGCACGGACACCCCUGAAACACGUACCGCUGUCCUCCUCCACACCCGUACGUCAGAGCCCGCGGCUGCAUCGAGGGACCACACAGCCCCUGGCAGAUUCCAAAACCUUGUUCAGCGGAAAUAAGCGGGAGAAGGCUGUGAAUCUUGCUAAAGAGCUCAAUUCCUUGGUGGCCAAAGCUUCCACUUGUGCGCAGCGCCUGACGGACUUGGUGAUGGAAAGUUCCCUCACGGACGGGGGAGAAAGUUAUCAAGACCCUCCCGUUCUAGAACCAGAACCGCCUAUCAUCUCUCCGUCUGUGUCGCGGAGGUCGUCCGCUGACGACAUGAACGACACUCUCUUUUCCAACAUCUUCGGGACCAGCGGCGACCUCCAGUUUCACAAACGGUCCAAGUCUGUGGACGACAGCUGUCUGAGCGAUUGUCUGGGGAAACCCUUGAGCCUGUUGACAAAGGUGAAGGAUGAGAACGGCAUAUUUUCCAAGUCGGACGGCUUUCGGUACCAUCGGAGGAACAGCUUCGACGAGUUUGGGAAACCUCCUCUGCUGAAGAAGGACCACUGCAGUUGUGCGGAAAAUAAUAACGCGGUCGAUCAAGAAGGAACCGCCGCCAAACCCCCCAACGUCCCCAUCCCCAACCACUUUCACGUGGGAGAGGAUAUCUACCUCAAACAAAGCCGGGUUCAAGAAACGAACACCCGCGCGACCGGCAGAACGAGGAGGAGGCAGCCGAAGUUGAUUUUCCGCAUGAAGCCCGACCCGGAACUGAAGAAGCAGCUGCGGGAGGAGAGCGCCCAGUGCCCCAACGCCAACCUCCAGUUCAAGUGGGACGACGACAGCGACGUGGAGAUCGGGAGGUCGCCCACGGGGGGCUGUGCCACCACUCUCCUCAAAAGUAAAGAUCCGUUCUGUCCCGCAGUGGCGGCGAAGAAAGAGAAGGCGGAAGACCGCGUCUUGUUGGGCUCGUUCAGCGGCGGCGCCAUAGACAGCAUGGGUUUAGGGCAGCUUCACGAUACCUCCUCGUCCUCGUCAAACUCGAGCGUCUCGUCCAAGACGUCCGGCUCCUACCGGAAAGUGCGCAAGGUUAGACUGAAGAUGAUCGACACCUCGCUUCACUUCGAUCUGGUCUCCCCGUCCGCCAGUCCAUCCAACUGUUGAUCUUUGCCGAGGAGUAGAAUAACUUCUCUAACUUAAAAUAAAUUUUCUUUUGCCAUCGGUCUCGUGGGUAUGAAAACAUUGUGAUACUGAUUGUUCUACAUGGCUGACCUGUGGGUGGGUGGCUGGCGGGUGCUCUGGUGUAGUUUUCCUUCUUCUUUUCUAGCCCGUAUAUCUAUCGUCAUCCAAAUAAAAUCUCUCCUCUUUUUCUAGUUUAUGUCACUCUCCCUUGUAGCGUCUCCAAUCUUCAGCACUUGUAUAACCUGUUUAUGUUGCAAGUGCCGUAAGACUCUUCUUACUAUAAUACCUGGUGCCCAUUGGCGAGUUUGGUUCGGUUUGGACAUUGGGGCUAGCCAGAUUUUCCUCCUCUGAGGGAGGAAAGCUACCACCAUGGCAAAAACUGAACGAAACCUACAAUGACCUUCAAAAAAAAUCAUGUGUGUUUUUAAGGCCCUGAGUCUAGCGAUCAUUUUGCUGUCCCUACGGUUUUAUGCAAAAAUAAUUCUGAAAUCAUGCAAACAGCCCAAAAUUAUGAAAUUUUGCGAUUCUGUCAAUU